GCUUUUAGCUUUACCUUGGAGAUAAUGCAAAAUCAAAGUUUUGUAACUGAAUUUGUCCUCCUGGGGCUUUCCCAGGAUCCCAAUGUCCAGAAAAUAGUGUUUGUUGUUUUCUUGGUCAGCUACUUUGCAACUGCUGGGGGCAACCUGCUUAUUGUGGCAACUAUCAUCAGCAGUCCGACACUCCUUGGCUCCCCCAUGUACUACUUCUUGGCUUUCCUGUCCUUCCUGGAUGCAUGCUUCUCCACUGUCAUUGCCCCAAAGAUGAUUGUGGACUCUCUCUAUGAAAGGAAAACCAUCUCCUUUGAAGGCUGCAUGACCCAGCUCUUUGCUGAACACUUUUUUGCUGGGGUGGAGGUGAUUGUCCUCAUGGCCAUGGCCUUUGACCGUGAUGUGGCCAUCUGCAAACCCUUGCACUACUCUUCUGUCAUGAACUGGCGGCUCUGUGGCAUUCUGAUGGCUGUAGCCUGGACAGGGGGCUUCCUACAUUCCAUGAUACAAAUUCUCUUUACUUUCCAGCUGCCUUUCUGUGGCCCCAAUGUCAUUGAUCACUUCAUGUGUGACUUGUACCCAUUACUGGAGCUUGCCUGCACUGAUACUCAUAUAUUUGGCCUCUUGGUAGUCACCAACAGUGGGUUCAUUUGCAUGAUAAUCUUCUCUUUGUUGCUUGUCUCCUAUGGUGUCAUCUUGCUCUCUUUGAGAGCCUAUAGUACUGAAGGCCAAUGGAAAGCUCUCUCCACCUGCGGAUCUCACAUUGCUGCUGUGGCUUUGUUCUUUGUCCCAUGCAUAUUUGUAUAUGCACGACCCUCAACUGCUUCCUCCUUUGACAAAAUGGUGGCAAUAUUUUACACCAUCCUAACUCCAUUACUUAACCCUUUGAUUUACACUUUCAGGAAUAAGGAAGUGAAAAAUGCCAUGAGGAAAGUAUGGAACAGAAAAAUGGUGGUUUCUAAUAAAAAAUAA